GAAGCGGUUGUAUCUUGGUGGUGCCCCAAGCAGCCGAGCCGAACCGCCAGCAGAGAACCACCAGCUCAGUUGGCCAAAACCAUUCUUUUGCCUUUUACCUCUCCAGUGGAUUACCUUUGCCCUAAAAACAAGGCUAUAGCCAGCGAAACAUAAAAGAAACAUCACAGAAAAAGCAAAACUGUCAAGUGAACACACAACUACCGAGUUGAACAAACCCAGAAAGUGCGCGAAAUGUUGAGCUACGUGUGAAGCGAUUCAAAGGAUCCUCUAUAACUCUGUGAGAUUCCCGAUCAAACGAAUCAAGAAUCGAGAAUCGAGAAAGAAAGUGGCUAGUGAUCCCAUAGAAAACGGAGAGUUCUAAAACGACGAAAAUCCGUUCUGUUACUUGAGUGAAAAAGUUACAACCGCAAGAUGACAAGAAGACGUUCGAGUCCGCCGGGACUCGAGGAGCUGCUGUAUCUGGCUCUGGUCCUCGUAGCCGUGGUCCUGAUACCCACACAAGCCGCCCCGCUUCAGGAAUACACGGAGAUCCAACAGUAUUCGGAGGGCUGCUACUACAACUAUGCGCACUACCAGGAGGGCGACCGCAUCAUGACCAAUGAGCCGUGUCUGAACUGCACCUGCCACAACCGCAUGCUGAUGUGCUACCUGCGCGUCUGCCCCUUCACCAAGCCCAUUGGCCACGACUGCAUCGUGGAGAAGCGGGAGGACCAGUGCUGUCCCAUCAUCACCUGCCCAGAAGUGCCCGUGGAUGUGCCCUACCACUCCCCGGAGCCCGGCACCGAGUUGAGCAUCCCCGAGAAGUUCGGCUGCAGCAUCGAGGAGAAGUUCUACCCCGAGGGCGCCCAGGUGCCAUCGAACCCCAACAAGCCCUGCGAGCUCUGCUACUGCAUCAACAACCAGACCAAGUGCGUCAUGCAGGAGUGCACCCUGCACGUGGACGGCUGCCUGCCCAUCUACAACAAGGGGUCCUGUUGCCCAGUGCGUUAUAGUUGUGACCAUGAGAACGAGUUGGACUUUGUGGACCAGUCGACCACCACGACAACCACCACAGUGCGCCCCACCACUGGCUUCAUCCUGGCCAGCACCAUGACGCCACCAACGACCAUGGACUGCAUCCACAAUGGUGAAGUCUACGCCGACGGAGCCUCCCUGAAGGGCAAGAAUGCCUGCGAGCACUGCUACUGCAUGCGCGGCGAUAUCGUGUGCGCCGUCCAGGAGUGCGAGGUGCCCAUGAUGGCCGCCAACGGCAAGUCCUGCAAAGCGAUGCCAGCUGCCGAGGGCGAGUGCUGUCCGAGCAACUAUAUCUGCGAGGAUGACAGUGCCACCACCGAAAUCGUUGAGAUCACCACGCCUGAGAGUGUUACUUCGGUGCCAGCCAAGGGCAUUCACGCCGAGAUCCCCAAGGAGGAUGUGGACCUGCAAGAGCACAUCGACGACGAUGAGAAGGAACAGGAGAAGGAGAAGGAGACUGCCACUGAAAGUCCUGCUGCGGAGCUGGGCAGCGGAGAGGUUGAGGAUGAAGAGGAGGAAGAGAAGGAUAGGGUAACCACCGCUGCUCCAGUCCACGUCAAGGACGAGAAGGACUUCUCCUUCGAACCCGAGUCGUCUACCGCCGGCAUUCCCUCCGAUUCCAGGAUCGAUGUGCCCUCGUCCACAGAGGAGGUCAAGGAGUCGUCCACCGAAACCGCCGAGGAGGAUAUCGUCAAGAUCGUCACCACCCCGGAGCCUGAGGGUAGCGGCGAAGAGGAUGUAUCUAAGCCUGCCCAAGUUCCCAAGAAGGAAAUCAUUGAAGAUGAACUCAUUAAGGUCAGCACUUCUGCUCCUCCCAAGGCCAGUCCUGAAGAGGAAGCCGUCGAGGCCACCACUGCGACAUCAACGGAGGAAGAGGAUGCUAAGCCCUCGACUGCCGGACCAACCAGCGAGGAAGAGGGUGAGGGUAAGCCCGCGUCUGCGGAGGAGGGAAGCGGUGAGGAAGAGAAGGAUGUCAAGGUCACAACAGCUCCAGAGGAAACUCCAGAGGAAGCCAAGCCCACUUCCGCUCCAGUUGCAAGUGACGAUGAGAAGGAACCAGAAUCCAAGCCUACUGAAGGCAGCGGCGAUGAAGAGCAGGAAGUCAAACCCACUUCUGCUCCGACUGUGGGUGAAGACGACGAGGAAGUUACUUCAGCUCCCGAAGAAAGUGAGGAGCAGGAAGAAGGCAAGCCCACUCCAGAACCAUCAGCAAUCGACGAUAUUGAACCAGCCAAGCCCACCGAAUCCGCAGAGGAAGCCAGCAGCGAAGGAGAAGAAGAAAUUGCCAAGGGAACCACACCUGCUGGAGACGCCAGCGUUACAGGUGAGGAGGAGAUCAUCCCUGGAACCGUACCUCCCAGCAUCGAAGAUGAAAUCGUUCUCCCUGUCGGAGAAUCUAGCACCGAAGCAGAAGAGAUCGUUAAGGCUACCACUCCUGCCGGAGAAUCCAGCAGCGAAGGUGAAGAGAUUGUCAAGGAAACCACACCUGCUGGAGAACCCAGCAGAGAAGGAGAGGAGGAGGUCGUUAAGGCAACCACUCCUGCCGGAGAAGCAAGCAGUGAGCCCGAAAAGGAGAUCGUUAAGGAAACCACACCUGCCGGAGAGCCCAGCAGUGAAGGCGACGACGAGAUCGUCAAGGGAAUCACACCUGCCGAAGAAACCAGCAGCGAAGGCGACGAAGAGGUCGUCAAGGCCACCACUCCAGCUCCUGAAGCCGACGCCGGAGCCGAGAAAGAACCAGAGACACCCACUGCAGCUCCAGCGGAAGAAGACUUGGCCAAACCCACAACGCCAAUUGCUGAGACUGAAGAAGAACCCAUUGCCGGAACCCCCAUUCCAACUGAAGAUGUCAGUCCCGAAGAAGAAUUCGUUAAGGCCACCACACCAAAGACUUUGGGAGAGCAGCCCCAAGCCGCAGAAGAGUCCACCGAGUUGCCAGUUGAAGAGGGCGAGCUCCCAAGCUCAACCGGUGCUCCAGGAAUUGCUUCCUCGACCGAAGGUGUCGAUGUUGCUUCUGACGAAACUACUAGCGCUGCACCUGUCCGAGCUGGCGACAAGGAGGCAACCGGUGCCACCGAAGACAAGGAAUCCGAAGAGGUUGAACAGGAUGCCACCGACCUGCCAGUCGAAGAUUCUGUCCAAAGCUCAACUGCGAAGACACCAACCACCGAGCAGGCUAAGGAGGAGUCCUCAACUGAGGCUGGGGAAGCUGAAGUCGAGUUCUCAACUGCUAGCCCCGUUGAGAAAGAGGAGCCUGCAGACAAGGAUCACAAGGACGAGGAAGAUGCACAGACAAGCACUGAUCUGCCAGCCAAGUCUGAUAUUCUGCCACCUGCUGUCGAUGCCGAAGCCACUACUAGUCAACCCGAAACAAGCGAUGAAGCCGCUACAGAUAAGCCACCCGCAGUUUAUUUGCCGCCUGCUGGUGACAAGGACUCUACGGAAGAAUUGGGAGCUCCUACAGAGCCAUCUGCCCAAGAGGAGCCAUCUAAGGAGACCACUCCAGCGCCCCAGGAGGCCCCAUCCAGCACUGCUAAGGUUGACAAUCGCAACGACUUCGAGGCAGAGAAACCCACCCAGCCACCAAGUGGCGAGGAUCAGAGCUCCGUCUCCGAACCCCUGCCCGACAUGGAUCUGCCCGCUGUUAUUCCUGGAGAAGGCGACUGCCUGGUGGAGGGCAAGACCUAUGCCAACAACACUGUCGUGCCCGCCACCGCUCCCUGCGACGUCUCCUGCAGAUGUAUCAGCAGUCUGGUGGCCUGCCAACAGAUGGAGUGCAAGUUGCCCGAAAACCUGGAGAAAUGUACCGUGGCUGCUGAUCUGGUGGAUGGUUGCUGUCCCACUUACGUCUGCGAUGAGAGCACUGAAAGUGCUGAAAAGGAACAGGACUCCACUGCCAAGCCUCAGGACAAGAUCGACGAGGAUGUCUCCGAGAUCAGCACCGAGCAAAUUCCCCAGGAUGUCGGCAUGCCCACUGGCAUUACUGACCAGCCUCUUUCUCAUGUCAAGCCCGAGGAAGAAAUAGUGCCUGUGACCUCUGUUCCCACCCAGGUGGAUGAAUCUUCAACUGCUAAGGCUGACAAGAAACCUAUUGAAGAAUCCGAGGAGGAUAAGAAACCGGUUGAAGAAUCCGAAAAGGAUAAGAAACCAGUUGAAGAAUCAGAGGAGGAUAAGAAACCAGUUGAAGAAUCCGAGGAGGAUAAGACCCCAGUUGAAGAAUCUGAGGAGGAUAAGAAACCAAUUGAAGAAUCCGAGGAGGAUAAGAAACCAAUUGAAGAAACAGAAGAGAAGGAGAAGCCUGCUGUCACUCCUGCGGGUGAAAUUGAUGAGGACACCCAGAAACCUCUUGAAAAGGAACCCAAGCCCGAGGAUGAGAAGAAAGCAGAGGAUGAAUUCGAGGUAUCCACUGAGAAGCCAGAGGCAUCCACUCCCGCCCAGUUUGCCGACGAUGCUGAGAAGGAGGCUGAAGAUAAAUUGGCCACCACUUCUACUCCUAUUUCAAGUGAGGAAGAAUCCAAGCCAGUUGAUGAAAAGAAACCAACUGAGGAAGAACCCAUCCCAGAUUCUGAAAUCCCUGCCAGCACCACUCAGCCACAGAAGGAAACCCCUGAAGCCUCUACUGAACUUCAUACUGCUGAUCUCGACAAAAAGCCAGAGGCCGAGGAACCAGCACCAUCCACCGAAGCACCUGAGUCCGACAAGAUUCCUGAAGUUUCGACCAGUUUCCCAACUGGAGAUGAGAUUGAGGAAUCUGACAAGUUCACUACCAUUCCUCCAUCUAAGACUGCUGCUGCUGAAACUGAACCAACCGGCGAUGAAGAUAUUGUUCCUCCAACCUCUGUCCCAAUUGAAAGCGAAAUUGAAGUUAGCACCAAAAAGCCAGACCUCCAUGGACCACCACUACCCACACUCGCUCCGGAACAACCAGAGAAGAAACCAGUCGACGAAGAGAGCUCCACUGAGGCUGAGAUCAGCACUGAACCAAGCGCCGAGGUUGAAAAGGAAACCUCUGAUGAGACAUCCGAGUCUGACAAUGAAAUCGAAGGUGACGCUACUCCUGCUCCUGUUUCUGCUGAUGAGGACAAGUCACCGAGCACUGAGAAGACUGUCGAGGCCGAAGAAAAGGCCACCACAGUUGCCCCGGCUAUUGGCGAUGAAGAGGAGGGCAAUCUGCCCAAGCUGCCCCAGGAUAUCCUUGAAGAGGAACUGCCUGUCGCCAUUACUACCCCAGCUCCAGCAAAGGAAGAGGAGGAAGAGAAACCAGUCAAGGAUGGAGAGAAACCAAUUGAAGAAGAACAGAAACCAGUCGAAGAAGGAGAGAAGCCCAUUGACGAUGAGACCUCUACAUCUUCCUCUGCUGAGAAUGAGAUCGAGCCUGAAUCUGAUCGUGCAACCACUGUUGCUCCUGCUAAGGAUGAGUCUAAGGCACCAUCCACUGAAUCUCCUGCCUCUGAUGAGAGCAAGGAAACUCCUGAGUCUGAAGUGCCCGCAACCGUGGCUCCUGCUGAUGAGAAGCUUCCAACGAGCAGUAUCACUUCCGAUGAGGAACCCACCGCCACUUCUGCUCCCUCUGCCAAACCUGGUGAAGAUGUAGAGAAGGAAACUAGUAGCGAAACAGCCACAGGAAUUCCAGAUUCUUCUGAAGAAGAGGAUAAGGAAACAUCCACCGAUCUUACUCCAUCUGAGGCUCCAGAAGAGAAACCUGAAGCUCCUGCCAAGACCCCAGAGGAGGAAGAAGAAUCGGUUGGUGCCACUACAGCUUCAACGACCGCUGAUGAAGUGCCCGCUAUCCCGAAACUGCCAGAGGAGGUCCUUGCUGAGAUUCCGAAACCAUCUACUGAGACUGGAGUUGAACAGGAAGACGAAACUACUGCUUCUUCACCUGUUGACCAGAAGGAACCUUCUGUUACCUCGAUCCCAUCUGCUGAAAUUGACGAAGAAGCCACCACAGCUGGUCCUAUCUCUGAGAAGGAUGAAAAGCCAACUGAGGCAGAGAAACCCGAGGAGGAGAAACCAACUGGAGAGGAGCCAUCUAAGGAAGAGAAACCUUCUGGAGAAGAGUCGUCUGAGGAAGAGAAGGAGAAGCCCACAGAGGUAUCUACUGAGGGUCCCACCAAGAUUGCCACCCCAGAAGAUAAGCUUGAAACUCAGGCUGCCUCCACUGAGGCUUCCGAGGAGGGAUCCACCGAAUCUUCUGAAGAAAUUGAGCCAUCGACUGAAGGAACUGUUGAUGAGCAGCCCGAAGACAAGCUGCCCUUGCCCACAGCCCAGGCUCCAGUUGAGAAGACUCCCGAAAUCUCCACUGAGGUGCCAACUGAAGCCGAGAAGCCUACAACCGUUGCCCCUGUCGCAGCCGAUGAAGAUGUCACUGCUCCGACCGAAGACAAGAUUCCCUCAGUUUCCAGUGAGGAAGACGAGAGCCCAGAAGUCACUACAGCCUCUCCAUCAGCGGCCGAAGGAGAUGAAUCCAAGAAGCCUUCUGAUAUUGAACCAUCUUCCACUGAAGAGAUCCCAGAGACUGAAGACAAGAAGCCCGUGGACGAGAAGGAGUCAGAAGAGAAACCUGAGUCUGAGGAGGCCGUGCCUUCCUCCACAUCGGCCCCAGCUCCUGGUGAAGACAUCGAAAAAGAGGAACAAGCCACUUCUGCCUCCCCUGCCGAGGAGGAGGGAGACGAGAUCAAGCCAACCAGCGCUCCGGCUUCUGAGAUUCCCGAAUCAACUGAAAAGGAGCCAGUACAGGAAGUGGAGGUCACAACGAAGCCCAUCAUCGAAGAAUCUGAAGAGCAACCAAUUGAUGAGGCCGCCCCGGCAACUUCUGGACCCACUGAGGAAGCAUCUACUGCCGUCCCCACCAAGGAGGAAUCCAGUACUCCAUCUCAGAAGAAGGACGAUAUUGAUGUCACUACUGCUGCCAGCCCAGCUUCACCUGCUCCUCAGGACGAUGAAACUAAGGAUGCCACCACUGUCCAACCGGUGUCUGAUGAGAAGGAGGUGUCUGCUCCCCAGGACGACACCAAGACAUCCAUCGAUGUGUCCACUGAUUCUCCCAUCGCCCAAGAAGAUGAGGAAGAAGACAAAACCGAGGCUCCAUUGGCGCCUGCCGCUGAUUCUACUGAUGAUUCCACCACUCCUUCAGUGCCUUCUGCCAUUGACAUCGACACGAAGCCCAUGGAUGAAGUUAUGUCGCAGACUAUCGAUCCCCAUGCCGCCGAAGAAUCUGCGUCCAAAUCCCCUGAGGAUGAAGACCAGUCUCCCGCAACUGUGUCUCCCCAGUAUGCUGAUAAGAUUCCAGCUAGAACCGGUCCCCAUGAUGCUGAUAAGACUCCAGACUCUGAGACUCCCCAAGAUGCUGAGGAAGUUCCAGCUCCAGCAGCUCCUCAGGAUGAAGACAAGAUCCCAGCUACAGUUGCUCCCGAGGCUGACGUUGAAGUCCCUGCAACAUCUGCUCCUCUGGAUGAAGAAAAGGUUCCAGCUACUGCUGCACCUCUGGAUGAAGACAAGACUCCUUCCACAGCAGCUCCUCUCGAUGAUGAAAAGAUUCCAGCCACAGCAGCUCCUCUUGAUGACGAAAAGAUUCCAUCGACAUCCGCUCCUCUGGAUGAUGAGAAGAGUCCUGUUCCAGUUGCUCCAGUUUCUCCUUCUGUUUUCGAUGUGGAGCCAAGCAGCGAGAAGCCUUCUGUUUCAGAGGACGUUGGUGAAGAGAGCACCGAACCAGCUGUCGACGAUGCUGAGGAAAGCACUGACGAGCCCACAGAUGAUGCCAAACUGAAGAAACCCACUUCAGCGCCAGCUGUGCCAUCCGAAUCUCCAGUCACAGAAUCUGAGAUUGUGCCGGAAACAGAAGCUCCAGAGGUGGAGAAGGAGGUGCCAGAGAAGGCCACUGAACAGCCAGAGGUUGAGAAGGAUGUGCCAGAGAAGGCCACUGAACAGCCAGAGGUGGAGAAGGAGGUGCCUGAGAAGCCCACUGAACAGCCCGAGUCGGUUGACGAGAAGACCACUCCAGUGCCAGCUGUGAAGCCCAGCUUGGACUCCACCGAGGAGGGCGAGGAGUCCGUCGAGUCCGAGGAGGAGCACGCUCCAGUCACGGAAGCAGCCGACAAGGAGGACGAGAGCAAGGAGACUGAGGAGGAGACUGACAAGAAACCAGUGCCAGAGGAGCCUGAGGUUCCCGCCGUGGUUUCGGAGAUUCCGCAGCCAAGCGAAGAGGCCGUUCCCACCACUGGCCACCCACUGUUCCCACACCUGCCCAGCAGCACCACCAAGGCGCCAGCUAUCGAUGAUCGCGUUGGCGAUGAGGAUGAAGAGAAUACCACCGCCAAACUGAGUGUCUCCAGCACCACAGAGGCCCCUGUGACCAGCGCACCAUCGACGACGACGGUGGCCAGCCAGCAACAGCAGCCCAUCACCCCGCCACCCUACGGCCACGCUCCCGAGUACGAGGACGAGUACGAUGAGGAGGAGGUCUUCGGACCCGGAACCUGCCGCUACGCCGGCAAGCUAUACGUGUCCGCCCAGCAGAUUCCACGUGACGAUCCCUGCGACUUCUGCUUCUGCUUCCGCAGCGACAUCAUCUGUCUGCAGCAGUCGUGCCCGCCGCCAAUCGCCGGCUGCCACGAGGAGCCCAUCUCCGGCUUCUGCUGCCCGCGCUACGAGUGCCCCGUGUCCAUGGCCGCCGUGCUGAACAUCACCACGAGCACGACCACCACCAGCACCACCCUGCCGCCCCACUUCCUCCACUACUCGCACGGCGAGGCGGUGAAGCACACCGGCUGCCUGAUCAACGGUCGUUCCUACCGCGUGGGCGAGCAGAUCGAGUCCACGAGCGGUCCCUGCAUCAGCUGCACUUGCGGCGGCGACGGCAAGAUGAAGUGCGAUCCCCAGCAGUGCGUCCCCGAGCCCACCAUGCAGCAGGUGAUGGCCGCCGUGGCGUCGGGACGCAAGAGAUGAACCACCAGCCAUGCUCACUAAAUAUAAUUUAACUAAUUCUUAAGCACUGCAGACAACAAUCACGAACCGACGAACCAACCAGCCCAGAUAGCACCACUCGCCAACUAGCAGCAAUAGCAAUAGAGAUCACCAGAUACCAGAUCCAUCCACCAUCACAAAACCAGAUAGAUACAGAAUCUUGAGAGCCGAAAUCGCAAGCGCAAAUCGGAAUAGAAUAGAAUAGGUGCCCAAGCCAAAAGCAAUAGUGAACCUGAACCUGAACCUGCACCCACGACCAGGACCAGAUGCAAUAGUGUUAAUUUGGGUUUGCCGACACACGCACUCUUUCAAUUGGAUUACGCCCCCACUUGUUUCGGAUUAGGUUACGUUACGGUGACGAAGCAACCAGUGAUAUUGUACUGUAUACAUAGUAUAGGUGCAAUUAAUUUAGACGCGCUCACUUAAAACGAUUACUUAUUUGUAUGUGUACUAGUAUUUUUGGGCUUGUGACCCUAGUGACAGGACAUAUAGCCACCACAGCAGCCGACGUAGCGCGUGCCUUGUAAGGUCGUUCAUUGUGCCCGCCGCCAUACAAUCGCUUUCAGGAGACUCUCACAGCACCCCCAACAGCACACACAAUGCGUACGCAUGGCGAUAUAAUAUUCCGGAACCGGAUCGCAAUCAAUGGCGUUACGAAGCCACGGCAUUCGGCCGCCGGACUGGAUUCUAGACUUGCCCCAGCCGGCGGCUCACUCUUCUCCAAUGCGCUUUUAUAGUAUUUUAGUCACCUUAUUUUAAACAUUAUUAUUUUUGUGUAUAAUUGUUGCUUCUAGUCUUCUUUUGUUGCAAGAGCAACGGAAUCGUCCUGUAACACGCGCACAACCCGAUCAAUCGAUCGAUCGAAUCAGAUCUUCAGAUCAGAUGAGAUCGCAUCGGAUGGCAUCGGACCAGUUGAAUCAAAUUGAGUUGAGUUGAGUUGAGAAACUGUAUCUUCUAUGAACUAUUCCAAGCUUUCAUACUUUUAUAUACAAAAGAAUACGUGUAGAGUGGAGAAACGAACGAACUAGUUUUUAUAGCAAUUUUACAAACGAACGCACGAAUUGCAUAGUUUUAACGGAUUGAAUUUGUACUUUUCGCCCGCUGCACCUGAAACUCGCACCAGGGUCAGGUGCAGAUGAGGUGGCCAAACCGUAGUCUACAUAGAAUUUUUAGAUCAACUGAAACUGAAACGGAAACGGAAACUAAAUACGGAACCGCAGAUAACUAUGGCUACUGCUCGACUGACUGAAAAUCGCACAGCUCGAAGAGGAGUUAACUUUGUAAACUAUUUUUUUAACUGCCAGCUGCCGCGCUGGUGAUUACUUUAUUGGUCGUAGAAUAGAACGAAACGCCGGGAUCUUCAGUCACUUGAGCCUUAGCAAUACGCCGUACUCUUCAGAACCACGCUGAAUGGAUACGCAUAACAAUUAGUUUUAUAUAAUCUCUAAAGAUAGUUGUAGCCCUAAGUAUUUAAUUUUAAAAAUAAAUAAAUAAAUUUUAAUUUAGAUCUUAUUUAUUUGAUAUGUCUUUUAAGAACAGCUCUUGUGUUUCCAUACCUUAUCAUAAUUUAUAUGCAGCUAUUCUUUGUAAUCUAAUAAAUAAAUACAACGCUUUUUAUUGAAAUGUAA